AACGGAUACGUUCAUGCUUAAGAACAACAUGGAACAACCGUCAACAACAAUCGGGAAAUAUUCGUAUCAAUUUUGUUGCUAGCAUCGGUAUUGAGAACAGGUCAUCGCAGCAAUAUAACAAACCUAUCAACCUACGAGUUGUUGUUUCGACGUUCCGCACUGUACAACGGCAUCAAGAUUUUCCUUUUGGGGUGACAGUUAAAAAAAAACUUUAGGUUAUCUACAAAGGAAGUUCAUAACAAUAAUUUCCAACUUUAAGCUUGGGAGCUUGAUUGGUGAAAAGAGGUAAUCGAGAUGUCUACCAUGGAAAUGUUAUGGAAACAAUCCUUGAAAACCUUCGCAGGUCGUAAUAACGUGAGUUACAGAUUGUGUCAAAAAAAUUUCGAAAUGCUACGAAGUUUGAUGAAUAAAAUAACUGCAGCAGAUGUUAGAUUGGAUCGCGACAUUCUAGAGUUUGUUCAAGUGCAAUCGGCACCAACAUGUGUUGUUGACAUAUUCGAAAAUCAGGAUAUUACCAUUGCCAUGUUCAUUCUGAAACAAGGUGUCACUAUGCCGAUGCACGAUCACCCUGGGAUGCACGGGCUCCUUAAGGUGAUCGCAGGUGCUGUGAAAAUAAACAGCUUUACAUUGGAGACAACCAGCGACAAAGUAAUCGGACCCAACUCAAGCUGUACAGCAAUUCGACACACGGGAACACUAGUUACAGAAACAGCUGAUGCAUGCGUUUUGACGCCCUUGGACAGAAACCUCCAUGAGAUAUCCUGCGUCGAGGGCCCUGCGGCAUUUUUAGAUAUACUCAGUCCACCAUAUGACGUUGAUGAAUUUGGAAGAGGUAUCCGACCCUGUACAUAUUUCAGAGUAACAGGUAGCACCAGAUCGACUGAAUCCGGAAAUAAAUUAGACAAAGUUACAUUGGUAUCAAUGGAAAGUCCACCUGACUUUUUUUCCAGAAGUUUGAAAUACUUGGGGCCACCCCUGAGAUGAUCUCAAACUUUGAAUAAUCCUGCUUGUGACUCAGAUGAGAAUAUUUUUACACAUCUACUGACAGUAGUUCUAGAAUAACGCUUCAUAGAUUUUUCAUAUUUUACAUCUAUUUUGAUCGAAUUACUACUUUUUCAAAACCCUUUCAUUUUUGUUGAAACAUCAGAUAUUCUGAGCAUGCAAUUUUCGAUUUCCUUUUUGCAGCAUAUUAUCAGUUGAAUAGCUUUAUUGAUGUGGUAGGCUAUGUACUACUAAUCAUGGUCAGGUUAUUAAUUGAAUUUAAAACAACUAAGUCGGUAUUUUUGCCAAAGCAAUAACUGUUUAAAAUGGGUGGGUUGCAAUCAAAAGUACUUAAGGACCAAUAGAUUUAAGGUUAGUAUAAAAUUCAGUGUACCUAUGAAAGGAUAACAAUAUCUCUGAAAAGAGUGUACUUAAUUAGCUCACCUAUUGCCGUCGCCCUAGGGUAUGUACAGUAUUAAAGGUUUGUUAAAGUUAAUUUAAAAUGAUAAACACAUAUUGCCCGAGAAAAAAGUUGUUAGUUAUAAUUAGAAUUCAGCAAAGUUUAAUGAACUUUCCUCAGCUAAUUUUUUAUGGUUAUUUGUUACCUGUAUCAUGAAUUUCCUUCAGCACUAUUGUCCACGUGGAUGAAUAGGCAAAGGAUUGUAUCAAGUAUUAUACAUACAUAUAAUAAAACCACCUUCGUGUA